UAACAGUGCCCUGCUCCGUUUUUUUAUAGUAUACAUUUAUAAGUUUCAAGAGUACAAUUCUUUUGUUUGCACGUAUUUUUUUAUUUCAAAUGUAAAAUAAUUUGCACUUAAUAAUUUGGAAUAAUGGCAUAAAAGAUCCUCCAUACAUUUGUGCUUAGUCGCAGGUUACUUGUAAAUAAUAUCGGCCUUAAAAAAACUGUAGACAGGGUUGUUUUCUUUAUAGAGAUUUCCGGCCAAAAUCAUGGAUGAGAACAACAUGCAGCCUACAAUUAUCUAUUGUUUCGGUUUCUGGAAUAAGCUCAAGGUUUCAUGUUCGUGUGAAAUCAGGAUUUGGCAAAUAACGGACAAUGGUCCAACCUGAAACCAGCUUCGUCCAACUACCCCGGGCUGGGUAAAACGAAACUUAUAGAUGAGCGGAAGUCGCUCGUUAAAGCGCACGAGGUCGUGAAUUUCUGUUCUGCGUGAAAGUUGCACCGCCGCUCGCUAGAUGCUGCUGUCCGCUUUCAGCCCAUGAAAACACAAACAGAAGCGAAGAAAUACGAGCUCCCCGAGCCCCAUGAAUGCAGCCAUUGUGACGUGUUUUUGUUUUAUUGUGCACUAUAAUUGGACAAACACCUCCAAAUCAGAGACUCGUUGUUUAAUUGACACAGACGGCGGUUAUCGCCGUCUCUCUGCUCUUCUGGAGCCUCAUCCUCUGCUUUGUUCGCAGCCAAGCGGGGCCUGCCGUUCAUGCGGCAGCUGCUAAAUCCUCUGUGUAAGACGCUGUAGAUGGCAGGAUGCUGGAGAAAACCAGUGAGAAGGCGCAGCAUUCUGGGCUCUGCUCAGACUGUGGUUGCAGUUUCAUCCCACUUCAGCCGGGCCCCGUUCCAGAUUCCACCGCCUCCGAUUCCUCCCAGCACCCGUCAAGUAAAACAGACGGUCCCUCCAAAUGCCCGUCCUGCCAGGCGGGCGGCGGUGGGAGCAGCAGCAGCAGCCCCCCCAAUGGACAGCGACCCCACAGGCGCAUCCGCCUGGAUCCGCACAGCUGCAGCCUGUGCUCCAAAACGUUCGUCUCAUCGGCCCAUUUGGCUCUUCACCUGGCCUCCCACAGCAAAGAGAGGAAGUUUCAAUGUGGCAUCUGCAACAAGUAUUUCCAUCAGUCCUCCCACCUGGUGGCCCACAAGAAAAUCCAUAGUGGAGACCGGCCGUUCAAGUGCCCCGACUGUGGGAAGACUUUUGGCCGGGCUUCACACCUAAAGACGCACCGCCGGCUCCACACUGGCGAGAAACCCUUUAAAUGCACCUUCUGUGGCAAGUCCUUCACCCAGAAGGCCGGGCUUCUGGCGCAUGUCCGCCUGCACACUGAGGAGAAGGUAUACAAGUGCAAGAAGUGCGGCCUGGCGUUUCACUCCUUGUCGCUGCUGCUCUCUCACAAAGCCGAGGAGGCCUCCGGGGAGGCCAAAGCCGCCCCUGCCCCUCUGCUCAGCCAGCCCCAGGAGGCGCAAAGCAGCGCCGAGGAUCUGAAGUGUGGGGUCUGCUGUCGCACAUUUGUGCGCUCCUCCUACAUCCGGCUGCGCGUGCGCCUGAAAAAAGGACAGCGGCCCUACCACUGCAAGGUUUGCAACAAGACUUUUGUCAAGCUGGAUACAUUUGUGAACCACUGCGAUAAACACCUGAGGCAGAAAAAGGAGAAAAACAAGGACGUGAAAGGGAAAGUUGUCAAACCCCCCCUCUUCGUCCCCAUCUCCCGGCAACUUUCUCCUGAGGGCUUCUCUUCUCAGGGUUCCCCCUCCGAGGUCAGCACACGCUCCAAAAGCAAAACCAAGAUUAAGAUCGAGACUUAAGGAUACAAAACAAAGACAGAUGUGCAGCAACUCCACAGUCGUCACUUUCUUUCAACAUUUUUGAAUAUUUGACUUUGUUGAGACAAAGAAGACACAACUUAAAACCAAGUGUAUUUUUUAUUGUUCCGCUAUUUCAUGACACUAAAUUAGAGAUGUUACAAGCACGGUCAACGUUUUGAAACACCCAGGAAAAGAUUUGAGUGAACAGAAAAUGAUAAAUUCACUGAAAAAACAUUUAGGGAUAAGCUUAAUCAGUUUUUCAAUAAUCAGAAACUUCCUGGUUGACUCAAGUUGUAAACAUGGGAUGACAAAACCGAGAUAGAAGUCACAAAAAACUCAGAUUGGAAAGUUAAGGUGAGGUCUUCUUAAAUCACACAACAUGACACUGUAAAUAUUGAUAGUGCAUCAGUAGAUGAGUAAAAGAAAACCAUAAAAGUGUACUGUAGUUUUUUUCACCUCAAGUCUUGUCAUAAUAAAAUGAAACUUCAGUCUGA